UGCCAAGUCGCCAUCAUGCGUCAUCGUUGCCACUAUUCGUCGCUGGAAGUGGAUCUCGUCGCUAAUGCUGCCACCAAGGAGUCCGAAGAGAAACGCGGCAGAGAAGCUCCGUUGAGGCUAGUCACCAGCGCUGAAGCCUUCAUGGUCGCUGCUGCCGUCCGAGCCGCCACCAGAGGAAGCCACUGCUGCCGACAAGUUGUCACCACUGUUAAGUCUGUCAUGGAAAGAAAUGCGACCGUGGUAAAAGAACCUGUCACUGCGGCUAAGCUCACCGAAAGCCAUAGUACCUGUUGCACCUUGCCUUGCUCUAUCUCGGUUGUCCUCUCUGUUAGCUCAGAAUUGCUGCAAGUUGUUAUUGUUGUUGCUGGGAACCGUUUUGUGGCUGCUGGAACCACCAUCGGAGCUCCUGUUCAGUUAAUGCCGCUGCCUGGGUCGCUGCGGUACAAGCCGCCGUUGAUGGAGCUGCUCUGUUUAGUGAUUUGCGCAAGUUGCGACAAUGAGGUUCGAAGACUCAGUUUGAAGCUGCGGACGAUUGUUAUACUAUAUUUAUAAGUUAAGUUGUUUUCAUAGAGUUCCCUCGCCUUUGUAGCUUUAGUUUUUAUUUUAUACAGAG